AUGCUCACCCAAGUAUUGUUGCUCUUUUUCGCCUUUUCCAAUAGCUGGAGCGGAAUUUCUGUAGCACUCGCACAGUCGGUUAUGGGAACAACCUCUUCAGUAGUAUCCACUACUACCAGUACAACAAGCCCCACAAGUGUCACAAACACGGAUAGCUUUCCUCCCGUCGGGCCUAUUCCUCGUGAUUACACACCAGAAAGACUGGAACAACUCUGGGAUAUCGUCGGGCCUGUCGAGCCUCCUCCAUUCACCACCACCCGUAUUCCCACCGCAGCAGUGACCCUACCGCCAUCUCCCCCGCCUAUUUAUCCAUCGUUCUAUGCUCAUGCCCCGAAAGAUAUCUUGCCAGACUUGAAAUUCCCCAAAGGUUUUAAAUUCGGAGUCGCUACAUCCGCGUACCAAGUUGAGGGCGCUACGAAGAAUGAGGGCAAGGGACCUACGAUGUGGGACUGGGCUACGAGACAGCCCAAUGCUGUAAUUGACAACACGACUAGUGAUGUCGUCGAUCUUCAAUAUUUCCUGUACAAAGAAGAUGUCCAACGCAUUGCCACUCUUGGAGUCACUGCGCAUUCUUCGUCUAUUGCGUGGACGAGGAUCUACCCGUUUGGCGCAGCGGAUUCUCCUAUUAAUACUGCGGGAAUUGAUCACUAUUCCGAUGUUAUUGAUUACCACUUGGCUCACGAUGUGGAGCCUGUCGUAACUUUGUUCCAUUGGGAUACACCGCUCGCCCUUCAGGCGUACUACGGGGGUCUCACAUCUCCGGAAAUAGUCAACGACUUUGUAAACUAUGCCAAGACGAUAUUCAAGGCAUAUAACGGCCGUGUUAAAACUUGGUUGACUUUCAAUGAACCGAGUUUUUAUUGUAGCAAGUUUGCAUCUUAUCCUUUCAUGUUAACUCGUCUACCGCUUUUUAUCAAUGUGCAUACAAUCUAUGGGCCCAUGCAGGAGCCGUCAAGCUCUGUCGAUGUACUACGGCAAUCUACCACUCACUCAUCCAUUUCCUUGCCAGCAUUUCGUGGAAUGAACAUAACAGGAGAAAUUUCUUUCAAAAACGAUGAUUUCAUAGGCACGCCGUGGAGAAGCAAUAUUACUGAGGAUGCACUUGCGGUUGAACGUCAUGCGGCAGUCGGAAUAGGCCUUUUCUCAAAUCCUGUGCACACAACAGGUGAUUGGCCUGAUGUUGUCAAGGACACCCUCCUGGCCGAGUAUCUGCCCCGCUUCACCGACGAGGAAAAGAUGGACCUUCUUGGCUCUGCAGAUUUCUUUGCCAUUGAUGCCUAUCGUUCGUCAUGGGUAAAGGCACCGGAUGAAGGAGUCGACGCAUGUAUGACAAAUACUUCCCAUCCCUUGUGGCCUGGCUGUAACGAACCCGUAUUCUUUGACUCGGGUUACGGCUGGUCCGCAGGUCCCGCUGCUGGCCAACAGGCUUCCUCCGUCCAAGCAACGCCCGUGGCUAUCCGUACUUUGCUCAAGGGCAUCCAUUCUCGAUGGCCGAUAUGUUUCGCGUUCGGUGCUGUAGAACCUUUCGACCUCCCGGGUACAGAUAUAUCGAUAGUAAAGGACGAUGUGCUCCGAACAAACUAUUACCUCACGUACCUUGGUGAGAUGUUGUUAUCCAUCCACGAAGACGGUGUUCCGAUAGAGGGCGCUUUCGCUUGGGGAAUGAUUGACGAUAUAGAAUGGUUAUAUGGGACAGUUGUCAGGACUGGUAUCCAGCACGUCGAUUACACAACAUUGGAGCGCCUGUACAAGCGUUCAGCACUUGCCUUGGCAGAGUUCUUCGAAUCGCACCUUCAUGACUGAGGUGAUUGUUAUAGUACAGUACUCGGUUUUCGUAGAGUUGCAAAUUUAGGAAUGGCAGCACCCUUUUUCUAUUGCAGUCUGGCGCGACCACCAAUGAAAACUAGUCAUUUAUGAAGCG